CGAUUAGCCUCGUUGUAAUUUCUGCGGAAAGUCGGCCAUUUUUGUGGUAAUUUUCGCAACGAUGUGAUUGAAGAAGUCGAGAAAAACCGGUGUAUUUCAUGUUGAAGGGCCGAAUACUUAGUCUAAUCAUUAGAACUGAAUCAUAAUCCAUGAAAUAAAUGUAAUAUUGAAUAGUUGAACUCAUAGAAUUGGUACAGUCACAUGGUCAAAGCGUCACUUUCAGCAGCCGGGGAAACAAAACAUGAGAGAUCUGAGCCACGAAAAACGUGUUCACUGUGGCUACACGAGGCUGUAACUUUUUCAUUAGAACAGUUCUAUCAAAGUCAAAUAGUUUUCUAUUUGACAAAACACACAAGAAGGCACAUUGUGAGGUCAUAAAGAGAUUCAGUUACAUUGUCAGAAAAUUCUGCACACACCGUCCUAUGAAAAUGCCAGCUCCCAGCAGAGCACGAGUUUAUGCGGAUGUGAACAAAAACAGACCAAGAGAAUAUUGGGACUAUGAGUCACAUGUUGUAGAAUGGGGGCAACAAGAUGACUACCAGAUAGUGAGGAAGCUUGGAAGAGGAAAGUACAGUGAGGUGUUUGAGGCAAUCAACGUUACAAAUAAUGAAAAAUGUGUCAUCAAAAUUCUCAAACCUGUGAAGAAGAAGAAGAUCAAAAGAGAGAUUAAAAUAUUAGAGAAUCUACGAGGUGGAACAAAUGUUAUAGCACUGCUAGCAAUAGUCAAAGACCCUGUGUCAAGAACACCAGCUUUAGUGUUUGAACAUAUAAACAACACAGAUUUUAAGGUAUGUUUGUCUUCUUGUUAAGUUUAAGUAGAAUUUAACCAGUCUUUCCCAGUUUCAAUAGUUUGAA